ACCUUUAACUCUCCACUUCAGUCCUAUUUCCAUCAAUUUGUCUCUGUCAUCAUAGAAUAUACCAGAGAAUAUCACGAAAAGACCAAUAUCUUAUUUUUUUUUCUACUGCUGAGUUUAGGGCAGUCGCUGUGGAUUUACGCAUGCUCAGUCGACGUUGCAACAACAGCCAAUCAUGUGCGAGCAACAGCACACUUAUAUUUGCAUGAGGUAGAUAUAAAUCUCUGUCCUGGUGGCGUUCUGUGUUAUUGAUCCUGAGCGGCAAGAUUGAUUGAAAAGAUGCCGGCCGAACCUGGAAAAGCGCCUAAGAAGGGCUCGAAGAAAGCUGUGACAAAGGCUACUAAGUCUGGCAAGAAGAGGCGAAGGACCAGGAAGGAGAGUUAUGCCAUCUACGUGUACAAGGUGCUGAAGCAGGUCCAUCCUGAUACCGGUAUUUCAUCAAAGGCUAUGGGCAUCAUGAACUCCUUCGUGAGCGACAUCUUCGAGCGUAUUGCCGGUGAAGCCUCCCGUCUGGCUCACUACAACAAGCGCUCCACCAUCACCUCCAGGGAGAUCCAGACCGCCGUCCGCCUGCUGCUGCCCGGGGAGCUGGCCAAGCACGCCGUGUCUGAAGGCACCAAGGCUGUGACCAAGUACACCAGCUCCAAGUAAACCCGCUGAUAAAACAGCACAAAGGUCCUUCUCAGGGCCACCCACCUCUUCUAAAACGGCAGCUAUUCAUCAUAUUUAGUGAUUAGUGUACACCUCCUAAUGUUAUUACUGUUUUCUAUUUUCUCUGUUGGGAACCACGACUGUAGUAAGACCUGUAUGUAGUGAUAAGUUCUGACACAUGAGGUUGAUUUUCAGUGGCUUUAGUUCAGAGCCAUUUCUUUCUUACUAAGUGUGAACCAUCAAAUGCUGUUACCAAGUCAUUACAAAUGAUUAUUAAAGGAAAAGUUCACCCAAAAA